CUGUAUAUUUCACCAGGGAAGAGUGGGCUCUGCUGGACCCCCGUCAAAGAGCCCUCUGCAGAGACGUCAUGCAGGAGAACUAUGAGAAUGUGACCUCGCUGGGUGUUGGGAUGGUGAGUGAGAACGAGGAGAAGAAUCCCCAGCAGGAAGAUGCUGAGCAAGUAGAACCACAUGGGAAGUUAUCAGGAAGACCCAAAGGAAAUGUUUCCGGGAAUUGUGCACUGUCAGAAAACGCAAAAGCCUGUGAGACUCAGCACAGGCCAGAGGAAAACUCAAGUAGCCUCUCAGACCUUAUUACGUGCGAGAGAAUCAACUUGGAAGAGACACACUACACAUGCCAUGAGUGUGGGAAAAGCUUCAGUGAGAGUUCAGACCUUUUCACACAUCAGGGAAUCCACAGAGGAGAGAGACCCUGCAUGUGCUCUGAGUGUGGGAAAAACUUCAGUCGGCGCUCACACCUUGUCUCACAUCAGACAAUCCACACAGGUGAGAAACCUUAUGGAUGCUCUGAGUGCGGGAAAUGCUUCAAUCGGAGCUCCUACCUUAUCAGACAUAGGAGAAUCCACACGGGUGAGAAACCUUAUGGAUGCGCUGCAUGUGGGAAACACUUCAGUUGGAGCUCACAUCUUAUCAGACAUCAGAGAAUCCACACCGGCGAGACGCCCUACACGUGCUCUGAGUGCGGGAAAAGCUUCAAUCAGAGCACCAGUCACCUUAACGUCUGUACCUGGCACGAUAAUGGAGCAAAUAAUUAA